CCUCUUCAACGCACCCAGGUGGAUGGCAACCCUUUAGUGAUGGAUCCCAAUAGUAUCUGCCGUAGAACUAGAACAUUGGUAGGCAGACAUGACGACAUGUGCCAGUCUCAGCCUGAGAUCAUUCAAGAAGUGGCAAAAGGUGCCCGGUUGGGAAUGCGAGAAUGCCAACACCAGUUCUACAAUCGUCGAUGGAACUGCACCAGUCAGAGCAGAAACCUGGCCAAGAUCCUGCAACAAGAUAUCCGGGAAACUGCAUUUGUCUAUGCUAUCACAGCUGCCGGGGUGCUGCAUGCAGUAACACAAGCCUGCAGCCAGGGAGCGCUGCCACAGUGCAGCUGUGUGAUCCUUCAGAGCUCCUCUGAAACGUCCCACGACUCCCCGGCAGAGGAGGUACUCAUCCAGGCUUCACCUGUCCAAGAUGGGCGCUGGGAAUGGGGGGGCUGUGGAGAUGAUGUGGACUUUGGCUACGAGAAGUCUCGUCAGUUCAUGGACACCAGACAGCGAAAAGGCAAGAGUGACAUCAGGACCCUUAUUGACCUGCACAACAACGAGGCAGGAAGACAGGCCAUACGGAUACAAAUGCGGACCGAGUGUAAAUGUCAUGGCCUUUCUGGUUCCUGCACUCUUCGCAGCUGCUGGAGGAAGAUGCCUCUCUUCCGUCAGGUUGGCGACGACCUCAUGCAGAGCUUCCAUAAGGCCGUCCGCGUGAUGGGUGGGAAUGAUGGUAAAUCGCUUGUCCCCAUCGAUCCGGAUACCCCUCCCCUGGAUGCUAACGUCCUUAUCUAUUCAGCUGAGUCACCUGAUUUCUGUCAGGCCAAUCAAAGGACGGGUACAGAAGGCACACAGGGUCGUGUGUGUAACAGCACUGAGACAGGGCAUGGAGGCUGUGAUAGCCUGUGCUGCGGUAAAGGAUUUGCAGAUUACACACUGGAAUAUGAGGAAAACUGUCAGUGUCGGUUUCACUGGUGCUGUGAGGUUCAGUGCCAGAGAUGUUCUGUGAGAAAGGACGUCCGCCUUUGCUUGUGAAGUCCACUCAAGGAGUUAAAAAACAGAAUUGCAUCUGUAGUAGUUGUGUUUGAGCUAUAAGGGCACAAUUGUUUACUCUCCUGUGCAUAGUCUAUGCAGAAUGAAGACUUGUGAAAACAGGUGCUUAUCAUCCUCUUGCUCACAUUAAUUUUUUGAUGGUCCACAAGACUGAGCAAUAUCAAGUCAGCAAGUCAGGUGGGAGCGGUGUUGCCAGGUUUUGCUAGAGAAAUAAGCGACCUGGUCUAAACAAA